AACCGCGAAAUUCAAACCAAAUCAAACCACAUUUCAACCUUUUCUUGUGCUCAGUGGCAACGAAUAUCCCUUCCACUAGCGCGGCCAGGGCCAGGCUUCGUUAGGUAGCCAUGGCGGACUGAAUGUGACUUUGAUUCUCUCUCCCAAGUCCCAUCCUUGUCUCUUUCCGUUUCUUUUUCUUUGUAAACAUCUCUUCCGCCGGAGGAACAAACAAACGAACAAAAAAAAAACGCCUUUCCACUCGGCGCCGCCAAUGGCGUCUCUCUCCAGCCUAUGCUCCUCCUCGCCAUCUCUCAAGCCCACCAAGCCGGCCGCUUCUCUCCCCAAGACCAUCCUCAACCCCACUUCCCUCCCAUUCCCCACUCGCUCCACCAAACCCCUCGCCGUCGCCGCCCACUCCGUCGUCCGCGAGAUCGCCGCCGACUCUUCCAAGUCCGUCCCCGCGAAGCCGAAGGAAGGGCUCGAGAAAGAUCCCCAGGCGCUGUGGAGGAGGUACGUUGACUGGCUGUAUCAGCACAAGGAGCUCGGGCUCUAUUUGGAUGUCAGCAGGAUUGGUUUCACCGAUGAAUUCUUCCGAGAGAUGGAGCCUCGCUUUCAGCAGUCGUUUGAUGCCAUGGAGGAUUUGGAGAAGGGCGCGAUUGCGAAUCCCGACGAAGGCAGGAUGGUCGGUCAUUAUUGGCUGAGGAAUUCGGAGCUCACUCCCACUCCCUUCUUGAAAACGCAGAUUGAGAGCACGCUUGAUCGCAUUUGCUCCUUCGCUGAUGAGAUCGUCAGCGGUAAGAUUAAACCUCCAGCUUCGGAGGCUGGUCGUUUUACUCAAAUAAUGGCUGUGGGGAUUGGGGGCUCGGCUCUUGGACCACAAUUUGUUGCGGAGGCUUUGGCUCCCGAUAACCCUCCUCUCAAAGUAAUGCUAUCCCCUCUAUUGAAUGGAAUAAGGUUUAUUGACAAUACGGAUCCAGCUGGAAUUGAUCAUCAGAUUGCUCAGCUUGGCUCUGAAUUGGCUUCUACCCUUGUGAUAGUGACUUCUAAGAGUGGAGGCACCCCUGAAACUAGAAAUGGUCUGCUGGAAGUACAGAAGGCUUUCCGCGAAGCUGGUCUUGAUUUCGCUAAACAGGGUGUUGCCAUAACACAGGAAAAUUCAUUACUAGAUAAUACAGCUAGAAUCGAAGGGUGGUUGGCAAGGUUCCCCAUGUUUGACUGGGUUGGGGGCAGGACAUCUGAAAUGUCUGCAGUUGGCUUACUCCCAGCAGCACUUCAGGGGAUUAACAUCAGAGAAAUGCUUACUGGUGGAGCAUUAAUGGAUGAGGCAACUAGGAGCAGAGAUUGUGGUUCAUGUGUAGAACCACGCCUCUCAUCGAUUAUUUCUUCUUGUCAGCUUAGGAAUAACCCAGCAGCUCUACUAGCUUUAUGUUGGUAUUGGGCCUCGGAUGGGGUAGGAUCCAAGGACAUGGUUGUCCUUCCAUACAAAGACAGUCUACUGCUAUUUAGUCGAUAUCUGCAGCAGUUGGUCAUGGAAUCUAUUGGGAAGGAGUUUGACCUUGAUGGUAAUAGGGUGAACCAAGGUCUUACAGUGUAUGGAAAUAAAGGGAGUACAGAUCAGCAUGCAUACAUUCAACAACUGAGGGAUGGUGUGCACAAUUUCUUCGUAACCUUCAUUGAAGUUCUGCGUGAUAGGCCCCCUGGUCAUGACUGGGAACUGGAACCUGGUGUUACAUGUGGCGACUAUUUAUUUGGAAUGCUACAGGGAACUAGGUCAGCUCUAUACGCUAAUGACCGGGAAUCUGUAUCAGUAACAGUUGAAGAGGUCACACCCAGAUCCGUAGGGGCUCUUAUUGCACUCUAUGAACGAGCAGUUGGAUUGUAUGCCUCACUUGUCAACAUCAAUGCCUACCAUCAACCUGGCGUGGAAGCUGGGAAAAAAGCAGCAGGAGAAGUAUUAGCUCUUCAGAAACGGGUUUUGGCAGUUCUGAACGAAGCAAGCUGUAAAGAUCCUGUGGAGCCAUUGACGCUUGAGGAAGUAGCUGACCGCUGCCAUGCCCCAGAGGAUAUCGAAAUGAUAUACAAGAUCAUAGCCCACAUGGCAGCAAACGACAGAGCGGUGGUUGCUGAAGGCCACUGCGGAUCGCCACGCAGCAUCAAAGUUUACCUGGGGGAGUGUAAUGUGGAUGCGCUGUACUAAGACGAAACUACAGCUGAGUAACAUUUCUUUAAAUAGCCAUCUUCGUCGUCCUGAAUGUGUUGUGACCAGAAUAAGCUGCUGUGUUUUGAACACUUGUGCAUGCAUUCCGAGAAAAAUGGAGCAUUUUCCCAUCUCAGCUUCUUUCAUUUGCCUUGGAUAGUGAAUGAAUAUGGAUACUGUGACUGGCAUUGAGUUUCCACUUUCCCCUUGUUCGUUCUUCUGCUUUUUUUCCGCUCCGAUGUUCUUUGCAUGGGGCGCCGUAUUCCUGUGACAGUUGAGUGUGUGUUCAGAAUGCUGAAAUGACCUCGGGAAGUCAGGUGAUGGAGAUUGGAUGUCGGUCAUUGUGCCUAAAGGAGAGCGAGCUAGCCACUGAAGCAUUCGGCACUGAAAAUCCACCUUGAACAUAGUGUUUAUCAUUUCGACUUGCAGCCCUGUCGAAACCUAUC